AUGUCACGUUUAGAAAUAUACUCUCCAGAAGGAUUACGUCUUGAUGGUCGUCGUUGGAAUGAAUUACGUCGUUUUGAAAGUUCAAUCAAUACACACCCCCAUGCAUCAGAUGGGUCUUCAUACUUAGAACAGGGCAAUAAUAAAAUCAUCACCUUAGUAAAGGGACCAAAGGAACCAAACACUAGAUCCCAAUUAGAUCCAAAUAAGGCAACUUUAAGAGUCACCACAAACAUUACCCAAUUCUCCAAAUUUGAAAGGUCCAAGAGCUCGCAUAAAAAUGAAAGAAGAGUGCUUGAGAUUCAAACCUCUCUAGUAAGAACUUUUGAAAAGGCUAUAAUGUUACACAUAUAUCCUAGAACCAUGAUAGAUAUCGAGGUACAUGUUCUACAACAAGACGGUGGUAUAAUGGGAUCCUUAAUCAAUGGUAUCACUCUUGCGUUAGUGGAUGCUGGUAUUGCCAUGUGGGAGUAUAUAAGUGGUGUAACGGUAGGGCUUUAUGAUACUACACCUUUAUUAGAUGUCAAUUCAUUAGAAGAAAAUGCUAUGAGUUCAGUGACUUUAGGUGUCGUGGGAAAAAGCGAGAAACUGUCAUUGUUACUGGUAGAAGAUAAGAUUCCACUAGAUAGACUAGAGAGUGUUUUGGCUAUUGGGAUUGCAGGUGCGCAUAGGAUCAGAGAUUUAAUGGAUCAAGAAUUAAGAAAACAUGCAAAGAAAAGAGUUAAACAUGCUUCUUCUAACUAG